UUUUCUAUUUUUAGAUGGGGGUGAUGUGUGGUUUAUUUUGAUGUCUAUUUUUAGAUGGGGGUGAGCAUGGCGAGGAGUGCGUAUAAUUGCGCAUAAUUCUUGAAUAUCUACCGAUCCCAGCGUCGUUGCAAAUCAAACUUAUUACGCGCACAUAACAAUGCAGAAAAUGUCAAUGCCGCGUCGUGUAAAUCUAAAUGCCGUUUCAAAUUUCGCGCGAAAAAGGUUCCAAGUCGCUUCAGGCGCGCGACCUUGCGGGAGAAUCUUGUACUCUGUUUGUUUACAGUUUGAACUAGCAGGUGCAUAACCUCAAAGAAACCCUCUGUCUCAGUUUUGCAUGGUUUUGCCCUCACAGGAGUUACCGAUAUUUAUUUUCUGUCUUUUGUUUUUCGCUCGGUGUAUUUUUUACUUUGAGAAAAUAAAAAUAUUUACGUGACUAGGAGAUCCUAAAUUUUUAAACAAGUGGUGAAUUUACUGCCCCCUAAUGUGAUGAUAACACUUCUCUCUAUUCGGCGAGACGUUUCAAAAUUCAGAGUGUGGAAUUACUCUGUCAAAAGAAUAAUGAGUGUCUUUACAGAGACUGUUAAUCCUAUUACAGGUGCCUGCGACUGGGAAAUGCAAGACGAUGAAUAUGAUUUCCAUCAGGAAAUUGCCAGAUCGUCAUAUGCUGAUAUGCUGUAUGAUACUGAGAGGAAUCAAAAGUAUGAGGCAGCUAUCAAAAUUGCAAUUGAUACAGUUCAUGGUUUUGGGAAAGAAGCUAAUGUCUUGGAUAUUGGAACAGGAACAGGGCUACUCUCUAUGAUGGCAGCCAAGCAUGGAGCAGAUCGAAUAAUUGCUUGUGAGGCCUUUGAACCGAUUGGAAAGUGUGCUGAAGAAGUGGUAGAAAAAAAUGGAUUUGCCUCUAAAAUCAAAGUUGUCAAGAAGCGCUCAACAGAGCUCAAAGUGGGAGUAGAUCUACCUUAUCGUUUCAACAUCUUAGUUACGGAGGUAUUUGAUACAGAGUUGAUUGGCGAGGGAGCAGUCUGUACUUUCAAUCAUGCACACUCUGAGUUGCUUGAGAGUGAUGCAAUUGUUGUCCCAAACUCUGCAACUGUUUAUGCUCAAGUUGUUGAAAGUGAGCUUGUAUCAAACUGGAACAAACUUAGGGACUUUAAAUUUGGCCAGCAAACUAGCAUCAAAAUACCAGACUUCAUCAAUAAUUGUGCUGGGGCUGCUGCCGUCCAUGAUGUACAGCUAAGUCAACUACCUCUGCAAUCAUUCCGCAGUAUAACUUCUCCUCUCCCCGUUCUCAAGUUUGACUUCAGCGGUAAAACCAGGAUACGAGAGCGAGAGGAAAGUGUGGUUGUGUUUAAAGCGUCUCUGACAGGCACUGCUCAAGCAGUAUUUAUGUGGUGGGACCUGGUUAUGGAUCCGUUCUCGCAAAUAACUCUGAGUUGCGCCCCAUACUGGGCUCACCCGGACGUCAAAGUUGACAUUUCUGGACCAGAGGCAGCAAAUCUAAUUCCGUGGCGAGAUCACUGGAUGCAAGCAAUUUAUUAUCUUCCGUCUGAGGUUCCUGUCCAACAAAACCAUGAGUUUUCAUUAGUGAGCUCUCAUGAUGAGUUUUCUCUCUGGUUUUCUGUGAUGUCAAGCAUGAGGGUGCAGGAUGAUGGAAAGUUUUCAAACAAACCAAUUUGCACUUGCGGACUUCACUUGUCUAUGCCGAGAGCUCGAAUAGGAUGCUUAAAUGACACUUUACGGAGGAAGAAGUAUUACAGAGCUCUGCAAAAAAAAAUUACCCAAGAUACUAUUUGCCUGUGUUUAAGUGAUUUAUCUCUUCUAAGUCUAAUGGCGGCAUCUUUAAAUCCCAAGAAGGUUUAUUAUUUGGACACCAAUGUAAUAUUUACCAAAACUUUGGAAAAAAUCAUUGAACACAACAAUCUGCAAAACAAGAUACAAAUAUUCAACAAGAAAGAGGAUCUCCUAUCGAUCUGUGAUAAGGUAAAUUUAAUUGUAGGAGAGCCACAUUUUUCAUCUUCGACCCUCCCAUGGCAUAAUCUGCAAUUUUGGCACCUUGCAACUCAGUUUCGUCAAAUUUGCUCCGACAACGUUUCAAUGAUUCCCUACAAGGUUGUCUUUUCUGGUCUAGUUGUCCAAUUCGAUCAUCUCUGGAAAAUCCAGGCUCCCCUGAAAACUGUGGAAGGAUUUAAUACGGAGCCCUUUGACGAGCUAAUCAAUAAUGCAAUAGAUUUAAGUGACAAUGCAAUUGAUGCUCAGCCCCUCUGGGAGUAUGGGUGUCGUGCUCUCAGUGCACCAUUUCAAGUUCUUCAGAUUGACCUGGGAGCGAAUGUUAGCGUCAGCGACUCAGGUUUCAUUCACUGUUUAAAGAAGGGAACUUGUCAUGGUGUUGUUCUUUGGGCAGACUGGUGCUUAGACGACCUGGAUAUCAUAUCAACAGGACCUCUUGACUUAAUCAACGAGAAGCUUGUUUGGGACAAAUAUACAAAACAGGGGGUAUUUUUCUUCCCUCAAUAUAAAACUGUUAGCCACUCAAAUAAGAUCAGCUAUUUAUCCCUGUUCCAGCAUAAAAUACCAGAUGUUUCCUUUGAGUUUAGUCUCAGCUAGUUACUUACAUUUUAGUUUUUGAUAAGUUUUGUUAUAAAAAUCCUUAGCAUGUAAAAAUUAUUUUCUGCUUCAGAAAUGAAGCAGAAAGUUUAAAUAUUUUACUUUUGUAACUUGUUCAUAUUAAAACCUUUUUGAUAAAAUCAA